AUGGCGGUGGACGGGAAGGACGUCAAAAUUUAUACUAGCACUGAAGAAGUGACUUCUAGCAUCAUUGGGUCAACCACUCCUAGCGAAGCUCAGCUACUCAGCGAUAUUCCGGCAUCAGAGGAAGGCGGAUAUGAUGAUGAGAAAAAUCCAUUCAGGGACCCCGCCGUUGCUCGGCACUGGAGAGAUGUAUACGAAAAGUCACAGUACGAGUGUCGGCAUGUGUUUGACCCGUCGCUGUCUUGGUCGGAAGAAGAGGAGCGUCGCCUUGUGAGGAAGUUGGAUUGGCGGAUUUGCCUCUGGGCCUGUGUCAUGUUCUUUGGCCUUCAAGUCGAUCGUGGAAACCUUGCACAGGCUGUGUCGGAUAAUAUGCUAGAUGACUUGGGACUGACCACAAACGAUUACAACUACGGCAACAGCGUAUUCAGAAUUUCUUUCCUGUGUGCUGAACUACCCUCGCAGCUCAUCUCGAAGAUGGUUGGCCCAGACCGGUGGAUUCCCGUGCAGAUGGUGUUAUGGUCUAUCGUUGCCGUUUCACAGUGCGCUUUGACUGGUCGAGCAAGUUUUCUCUGUACACGGAGUCUGCUAGGCUUUUUGGAGGGAGGGUUUAUUCCCGACAUCGUUCUUUGGCUUUCUUACUUCUAUACGUCCCGCGAGCUACCAGUCCGCCUCAGCUACUUUUGGACGUCUCUAUCCGUCACUGGAAUUGCCACUUCGUUGCUCGCCUUUGCUCUGCUACACCUCCGCGGGGUUCAUGGCUGGGCUGGCUGGCGAUGGCUGUUCCUCGUUGAAGGGCUCAUCACGCUUGUUGUCGGGCUUGCUUCUUUCUUCCUCAUGCCAGCUUCUGCCGUACAGACCAAGACAUGGUUUCGUCCCAAAGGCUGGUUCACAGAUCGAGAGGUCUCUAUUGUUGUGAACAGGGUUCUGAGAGAUGAUCCGUCCAAAGGGGAUAUGCACAACCGCGAAGCCAUUACACCGAAGCGAUUGUGGGAGACGCUAAAGGACUUUGAUCUUUGGCCGAUUUACAUCCUUGGAGUUGUUGUCUUUAUACCUCCGAGUCCACCUGCGACAUACAUUACUCUCACACUGAGAAAAAUAGGAUUUGACCCGUUCACCACUAAUUUGUUGACAAUUCCAUAUAAUGUCUUCCACAUUAUCAAUCUCAUUUUAAUCACUCGAUUGUCAGAAUGGCUAAAUGAGCGUGCUUUGGUGUCCAUGAUACAAGUUCUAUGGACACUUCCAUGUGUCAUUGCUUUGCGAUGGUGGCCCGGUGUUAUGGUUGAUCAAUGGGGCACAUACGCUCUCGUUACGGUUUUGACAUCGUACCCGUAUUGCCACGCUAUUUUAGUUGGCUGGACAUCGAAGAAUUCGAACAAUGUUGGUACGCGCUCAGUAUCAGCUGCGAUAUAUAAUAUGUGUGUUCAAGUUGGCAGCAUCAUAUCUGCAUACAUCUACGUCGAGAGCGAUGCUCCGCUCUACCACCGCGGCAACUUCAAUCUCUUCAUUAUCAAUAUAGUCGGAAUUGUGCUCUUCCUUCUCGCGAAAGCGUAUUAUAUUUUCCGAAACAAGCAGCGCGACAAGACCUGGAAUGCAAUGAGCGAUCAAGCGAAGAAAGAAUAUGCCGCUAAUCAGAAUAUCCAAGGCAGCAAGAGGUUAGAUUUUAGAUUUGCUCAUUAA